AUGGCUCCCCUCACGCUUACAACUUUACUCGCGCUCUCAGCAACUGCGGCUGCUGCGGCCAAUAGCGAGAUAACCUGGGGUGCAGUAGUCUUUACCUACCACGGCGAGAAGGUCCCCGCCUUAAGCAACGGACCUUACAAUCUCUCCCCCGUAGGGGCCAACCAGCUUCAUGAUGCAGGGAGUAUGCUUAGAAGCCGCUACAUUGAUCCUUCCAGCAACGCAUCUGCGUUAAUCACGGCUGCGCCAAUCAAUGGAUUGAGUACCGGUGCCAUUGAUAACUCUCAGAUGUACGUUCUGAGUACAGAGGAUGAGUUCAUCAGCGGCAGUGCAUUGGCUUUCUUACAAGGUCUAUAUCCGCCAAGGAAUGCAGUCAUGAGUCAAGAAGAGACGAUCCUGAGCAACCAGACCCUACAGAUGUAUCCUCUGAAUGGAUAUCAAUAUCCAAGUAUUAAUACAGUGAGCCCUCUUGAUUUCAACUAUAUCUGGAUUGCCGGAAACCAGGAAUGCACCAACUAUGACCUCUCGCAACUCAAGACCAUGUCCUCGCAAGUGUACAGCCAAGAGGCCACUGAGUACUCUGGCUUUUACCAAUCGCUCAAUCAGGGUCUGUUCUCACAAUUAGACCCUGCCGAUAUCAGUUAUGAUAAUGCCUACUUACUAUACGAAUACGCCUUGUACCAAUACAACCACAACUCAUCCUUUUACAACGAUCCGUCGUCCAGUGCUAUCAUAGACCAGCUCUCCUUCCUGGCUUCUCAAUCAGAGUUCGGGCUCAACACACCUAAUUCAGAUGGCAAUGUACCUGCCAUCGCCGGCGCAACACUGGCAUCUGUCAUCAUCCAGCAAUUUAGCCACGUGAUUUCAUCCCAAGGCGUAUCCGACAAGCUCACCCUCCUCUUCGGCUCCUUCGAGCCCAUGCUCUCCUUUUUCUCGCUCUCUAGUCUCAGCAGCGGGCCCGCAGCAUCGAUGUUCACCAGCCUCCCGCAACACGGCUCCCUCAUGGCAUUCGAGCUCUUCUCCUACCCCGCCGAAAACUCUAGUGACACCUUCCCCGCCGUCGACGAACUCUGGGUCCGCUUCCUCUUCAGGAACGGGACGGAUGAUGCCAACAACUUGGUCUCGUACCCGCUAUUCGAUCGCGGGAACGAGGAGGUCGAUAUGUCCUGGACUGAUUUCGUCGCAGGCAUGGGCGCCUUCUCCAUGAACGAGGUUUCAGACUGGUGUAAUGCCUGUCAGUCAGCCACCCUCUUCUGCCAGGCCAUCCUGUACGAUACCCAAUCGUCCUCGAACUCGAACGGCUCCCCCUCUACCCCGGGGAAUCGCAAGAAGGACGCCGUCUCCCCAGCAGUCGGCGGCGUCAUAGGCGCCGUCGUCACACUCGCCGUAUGUGCCAUCCUCGCCGCCCUGCUCGCCUUCCUCGGCUACAGAAUCGACCGCCACGGGAAGAAGCGCUCAGGAAGCGCAGCCGCCGCAGACGGCCCAGCUGGCAUUGCGGGACUCCGCCAAAGCAACAGCGGGGGCGGCUUCAAGGGCGCCGAGAAACUAGCCAGCGACACGGACCUAGCGCUCAAGGACGGUGCCGGCGCGAGCGUCACCCGCCACGAACGAACGGGCAGCUGGGAGAUGACGCAGAACCCCACCAGGGCAGGCCUGGAGAGGGAUGUCGAGAGCGGCAAGGCUGUCAGUUCGGCGAACUAUGCGAGGCGCAGCGAGGAUGGUCUCGGGAAUGUGAAUCCGUUUGGUGAUCCGGUGAAGCCCUUGGAUCAAGUGUAG